AUGGCUGAGAAAGCAUGUAAAUUACUUCUCGAUGUUGAUAAAUAUUUUACCAAUGAAAUUGUCGAUGUGACAAAAUUUAAUAAUUCCGGUUUAUUCACAUAUAAAUGUCCCCUAAAAGGAAAAGAAAAUAAAUGCAUAAAUAAUAAUGAAAGAAUUAACGCUUUGGGAGUGCAUUUAUACCAAAAAUUGAGUAGCAUUGCUAAUGAUUUUAAAGGAAAAGGAGAUAAUGGCAAUCGGCAUAUUGAGAUUUUUAUAAUGUGGCUAGGAAAUAAAUUAUUUAAGAUAGAUAACGAUUAUAAACCAACUUUGGAAGAAUCUUAUAAAAAGCAUUUAAUGAAUUAUAUGGGGAAUUAUAAUUAUUGGAGAGUUAUAGAUAGUAAAAAGGAAUAUAAAAUAUCUAAUGUUUGGUAUAUGAGUGAAUUGUAUAACUUACUCAAUUGUAUAUGCAAUAUAGUUAUUGAAUAUAAAAAAAACUCGAAUAGUAAGGAAAUUGGAACGAUAUCCAAGAAAUGCCACCAGAAAUUUACAAAUAUUUAUAAAUAUAUUAAAUAUUGUUAUUCAUAUUUUCAUUUAUUAAAGUUCUUAAAAAAUAUAUAUGAUGGUAUUAGAAAUGAUACUAUUCAAAAAGAGGCUGCUAGAAAAGCCGCUAUUAGAAAAGCUGCUGCUAGAAACGUCGCUAUUAUAAGUGAUACUAUUAAAAAAGCUAAUAUUCCCCCCCAAAUAAAAAGUUCAAAACAACUAUUAGAAAAUGUAUUGAAUACCUCGACGGUUUCUCUUAUAGAUCUAACUCCAUCAGAUUGGGAUCAAAGGUUUCCGAAUGAUUCUGAUAAUAUAACUGAUUUACAUACUCAAAAAUGUGUUAAUUCAUAUCAUGAAUUUGUGGAACACGUGGAAAAAGAAAUAUCAAAAGACACACCGGCACCACAAUCCAAACCAGAGCCACGAUCAGCAUCUCAAAAAUCAGAGACAAGUCCUCAAAGUGGAACAAAGGAUUCAGGCACUCAGAAAGGAAAUUCGGAUAGUCAAGGUUAUGGAAAAGGAGGGGCAAAUAAUUCAUCAGGAAGUACAGGUGAUGGACCAGGUAAUGGAGCAAGUGGUGGACAAAGUGAUCAAGGAGGUUCAGUUGGUGGGUCAAAAGCAUCAGGGGAUCAGGUUCCAACACAUCCAUCAGGAAAAUCCAAUGGAGAUUGGCUAGGAAAUUUGGGAAUGAGUUUGAAUCUUACGGAUUAUAUCUCUAGUGUUUCCGGUAUAUAUGAAUCUUCAAAAAACAUUUUAACAAAUACCGCUAAUCAAAUCACGAGUGCAUAUAAUAGUGCUAAGGCCAUUGCGCAAGAUACUUAUAAUAAAACUGUGAACAUUGCAAAAGAUGCUUAUAGUGCAACUACUAAUUAUAUCGGUGGUGCUGUUAAUAGUAUAACUACACAAUUUAAUCAAUUCGGCACUUCUCAAUUAGGUGAUAACCAAUCUGGAUCCAAUAGUUUAGGGGGUGAAGUGGAUACAUCUGAUCAGUCACAACAAAAAUCACCAUCUCCACUACAAUCUCUACCACUAUCUCCAUCAGAUUCACAAACUCGAUCAGAUCCACCAUCACCAAAAUCAAUCGAUUCACAGAAUAGCUCUACAUCAAUUCAACAAAUUGCACCUAAUGGUGGAAAUAUGGGAUCUCAAACACCACCAUCUGGUCGAGGUACAUUAUCAAUUUCUGGUAGUAAUCCUUCAAAUACAAAAAAAGAAAACGUAAUUACUGUAGCAAAUGUUAAAAUAAAAGAAGCACCAUCAAUAUGGUGUAUAAGACCGAAUACCAAAUGUGACAUAACGGGUAUUAGUAUUAUAGUUAUUUCAAUAUUCGCUUUUUUAGUAAUUAUGUAUAAGUAUCUGUCACUUGGGUGGACAAGCAAAUCUAAGAGAAAAAAAAGCAUAAAAAAGGUUAUAAAUUCAAUUGGAGGGAAAAGACCGGUUCAAAUAAUUAUAAAAUCAUAUGAUAGGAACAAAGACCUAAAACCGAUUAUAAAUUCAGUUGGUAGCAAACAAGAUUCAUUAUUAAAUAUAUACAAACUUAUGCAGGCUGAUCCUGUACCAUUUAUUAAUUUAUUUUUUUUGUUAAUUUUUUUUGUUUAUAAAAAAAAAAUAAAUUAUUUAGAAUUAUAA